AUAUACUGUAGUUAUGGCUUGAUUAAUUUCUACUGUCUUAUUUCACAUUGCCAGUCUGGUGCAAAGAUCAACAUCAGCGAUGGGUCUUGCCCAGAGAGGAUCGUCACCGUUACUGGAAAUACUGAUGCAAUUUUCACAGCAUUUAAGCUCAUCUGUGCCAAGUUUGAGGAGUUCUUGGGUCAGAUGUACCAGAACAAUGGCAGUGCUGGUGGUGGAGGUGGACAGCAGCGUCCACCCAUCACCUUACGGUUGAUCGUCCCUGCCUCCCAAUGUGGUUCACUCAUUGGCAAAGCAGGAUCCAAAAUAAAGGAAAUUCGAGAGCAGACAGGGGCUUCUAUUCAAGUUGCUUCUGAAAUGCUGCCCAAUUCAACAGAGCGUGCAGUCACUGUCUCUGGCACCUCAGACUCAAUCACCCAGUGUGUCUACAACAUCUGUUGCGUCAUGCUUGAGUCCCCUCCCAAAGGCGCCACGAUCCCUUACCGCCCCAAACCCCAGGUCGCCGGUGGGCCGGUGAUCCUAGCCGGCGGCCAGGCCUAUACUAUCCAGGGUAAUUAUGCUGUUCCCUCAGCGCCCGAUGUAAGUACUAUGCCCUUUGUUCCCCCACCACCAAUUGGGGGGCCCCCCGGCCCCUUCAUGGCGGCCCCCCUGAGCCCCCUCCUACCCCCAUGUCCCGUCUCCACGGCGCCUUCCCCAGGCCCCCCACACCAUGGCGCCAUCAUAACGCCUGCGGGCCACCACCCAUGCCAUGCGGGGCACUUGCAGAUCACGACCCCGUGCCAUCCGCCGGGCCAUCCGCCAGGCCACCCACCCGAACACUUGAAGAACGGCCAUAUCGGCAUAAUGCCACAGCCGCAACUCCACCACAUGCAGGAUAUGAGCAAAUUGGGCAACAACUCUCCACUAGCAGGACUGUUGGGCCUGGGUAGCCUAGCUGGUGCUAACCCAGGUGGUGGUGUCAACCCCCAUGCUGGCAAUACAGCUGAUGCACUAGCAGCCCUGGCAGGGUCACAGCUCAGGACUCCUGCUGGUUCUGGACCUGGUACCCAAACUCAUGAGAUGACUGUGCCCAAUGAACUCAUAGGAUGCAUCAUUGGAAAGGGUGGCACCAAAAUUGCUGAAAUCAGGCAAAUCACAGGGGCUAUGAUCACUAUCAGCAAAUAUGAUGAUGGGUCAGAAGAAGCCAGCAAGCAAGACAGGACUAUCAGUAUCAAGGGUAAUGCGGACCAGGUUGCCCUCGCGCAGUACCUCAUUAACACCAGCAUGGAACUGCACAAGGCGCAGCUUGAAGUAAGUAAGGGCGGGUCCGGGUCUACCGGGUCGGGAGGGCUGAGCCCCAGUGCCAUCCCCCUGGCCCAGCUGCUCAAGAACCCGCAAGCCCUGAACGCCUUGUCCUCCCUGACCGGCCUGCAGGGCCUGUCCUCCCUCACCUCCCUGCUCGCCCCCGACUCCUCCCAGGGCCUGGCUGGUUUUGCGGCUGCCAACAGGCACAACAGGGCCUACCAACCCAAGCUGCGUACCCAAGCCUCUGUCCAUCAGCCCACUAAUGGCUCCCCCAAGGAGAACAAGCGCAGCAAGUUCGCACCCUACUAGACCUCAUCCUCUCCCACGGGGCCUCCCGGUCCUCUCCGGACGCAGAGCGUCCUCAUCCUCCAGUCCUGAUGAACCUCGUGGCUCUCCACCAACCAGGGGGGCCAGCUUUUCCUGUUUACAGGUGCACCUCAGCCCUGCUGACUUGGGGCUGCCAGACCCAUCUUAAACAUAGGGUGGCUUUGGUGGUCCCUCUGCAAUUUCCAGCAGGGCUGGGGCAUGUUGCACAUCUCAGAUCUGAGUAGGAAUACUCCCAGCUGCAUGCCACCGACUAGAAUAAGGAAGUACUAUCUGGUAGCAGGAAGCUGUGUACUCUGACUUUCGGUUACAGUGUGUAUGCAAUGGGUACAUGCGUGUUGUUGUCAGAUGGUCAGUAUCACUAGGUCAGCAGCUGCUUGUUAUACACGGUGGUCUUAGCUGGCUCACUCCAGCCCAGACAGCCUGCCACCUCUCAACUAAACAUAUCAGUUAGGACAAUUGAUUCUUUGUUUCUUGUUGUUUUUUAUAAUGGCAUCAAGCAGAAGCUGAAAGCAUAUUGCAGUGUCACAAUUUCAUAGUUUUCUUGUAAACGUUGUGCAUGAUACUCCUGUUUGUCAGUAAUGGUCCAUCUGGUGACAGUCUCAGAUUCAUACUAUUCUCAAUUGCAAUUUGUGUGAAGUUUCUGAAAAUUUUCUAAUGAACCAACAGAUAAUUACAAGUUUGUAAGAGUUAGUGUCGACAUAGGAUGUGGUCGGUGAGCAGCUGCUGGGUGCCCUACAGUCAAACGGCACCAGACAUAAGAUAGGAAGCUGGGCACUGUGACCAGAUCACCGCCUCUCAUAUUUUAGCAUUGCAGUGCCGAGCACGUGUGCCGUAGUUGCUCGGCUUAGUCAUUUUAGGAUAUGGCAUUAAAUAUUACAUACAUAAUGUGUAAUUCCUUGAGAAAGUACAUGUGGGUACAAAACUUAGCUGUUUUCCUUUUUCAUUAUAAUGUAUGGAAUGUACAGUUUUGCAAUAAGUUAAUUGUCUCCUUAGAAGUACUGGUGUUCAUUCGUAAGCUCAAUAUGUGAAUGUUUCUUCCACUAGAUAUUAAACAAGUGUAAAGUUUGAGGAA